AUGGCGGGCGGUGGAGGGGAGGAAACCGCGCCGGGCCAAUCGGCGGGCGUCGGGCCGGCCAAUCGCGGCGCCGUGACGUGGGCGGUCGAGGUUCCGGAGGGGGCGGGGCCUCGUGACGUCACGGCUCGCGCCGGCAAGGAGGGGGAAGGAGGGGGUGCUGUGAAGGGGGGAGGGGGAACCGGACAGCGUGAGAUAGCCUACCAGUACGUUUUAAAUUUUUUUGGUUUUUGUUGUUUUUGGCCGGUUUCGCGCGACGGACACCUGGAGUGUCGGCGCUCCGUCGACGUCGACGACUCAAAAACGGCGUCCUACGCCCUGGCAGGCUGUUGGAGGUCGUCGCUCACAAUCGUGCCGGUUGCGCCGCCAUCCGCCACCACGCUCAACUUCACGGACCUCGGCAGCCCUUUCGGGUCGGGCAGCAACAACAACAACGGCGGCGGCGGCGGCGGCGGCGGCGGAUCGGGGGCGCCCACGCCCACCGGGAUGUCCGCCGACGGGCUGGACUCGUCCGGCGGCGGCGGGGGCGGCUCCCAACAGCAACAACACCAGCACCAUCACCACCUGGGCCCGCCGCCGCAGCAGCAGCAGGACUGCGGAAUGUCCGGCGGCGGCGGAGGCGGAGGCAGCCCCCAGCCGCAGAUCGGGAAAUCCGCCUUCAUCGAGCUCCAGCAGCACGCCGCCUACAACCCGAUCCGCUACCACCACCCGGCCCCGCCGCCGCCGCCGCCGCCGCACCACUUCGGCCACCACCAGGGCCCGCAGGGCGGCGGGGGCGGGGGCGGACCGCCGCCGCCGCCGCACCACCACCACCACGACCAGGGCCGCUUCGGCGCGCCGCUGGGCGCCUACCCCUUCCCGCCGAUGCACCAGAACACCUACACCAACUACCACCUCGGCUCGUACGCGCCGCAAUGCGCCUCGCCGCCCAAAGACGACAAGUGCGUGGACGACGGCUCCCUGCGCGUGAACGGCAAGGGCAAGAAGAUGCGCAAGCCGCGCACCAUCUACUCCAGCCUGCAGCUGCAGCAGCUGAACCGGCGGUUCCAGCGCACCCAGUACCUGGCGCUGCCCGAGCGCGCCGAGCUCGCCGCCAGCCUGGGGCUCACGCAGACGCAGGUGAAAAUCUGGUUCCAGAACCGGCGCAGCAAGUACAAGAAGAUGAUGAAGGCGGCCCAGCAGGUGGUGUCGCAACCCGGGGGCGGGAACGGCGGGCCGCCGCCCCCGCACGGCCUGCUGGGCAGCAACCCCAACAACCCGCCGCACACGCCCGGCGGCGGCAUGCCGGGGGCGGGCAGCCCCCAGCCCGGGGGCGGCAUCAUAGGCGGCGGCGGCUCGUCGUCGGGCAGCCAGCCCAGCCCCGGGGGCUACAUGCCGCAGCACGGGCCCGGCGGCGGCGGCGGGCCGGGGGCGGGGGGCGGCCACGGCAACCCGCCGCAGACGCCCACGCCGUCGUCCACGCCCGUCAGCGACAUGUCGCCGCAGCCGCCGCACGGCAUGUCCGCCUCGCCCGUGUCGUGGGACAUGAAGCCGUCGGUGGCGGCGGCGCACCACCACAACCACCCGCCGCCCCCGCCGCCGCCGCACCACCACCCCCACCACCACUCCCACCCGGGCUACAUGCCGCAGUACUCGUGGUACCAGGCGGACGCGAACCAGGGCCUGCUCACUGUCUGGCCUGCCGUCUAACGAAGAUGGAACAGCCUGGGACAGCUGUGAGAGCUGCGUGAGUCCACAGCCGUCGCAAGCGAUUCCGCGCGCGAUAAGUGCGCGCUUUCGCUUCGCGACAAGACUUGUUAUUUAAAAUUUUUACGUGCGCGGGAAACAAGAGAAAAAAAAAAACAAUUUAUAAAUAUAUAUAGUCCGUUCUCAAAAAUCCUAACGCGUGAGCGAACUGACCAUCAAAACGCGCAUUUGUCGCGACGAGGCCGCAGGUAUUGACUGUGUAGGGAAAUAAAUUUCAACGCGAUCUUUUAAUUUUUUUUUGUGUUUUGUUCUUUUGUUUUCGCUGUUUUUGUGGAACGUACUGGUUGUUUAGUGGUUCGAACUUUUUAUUUCCUUCAGAGAAUAAUCCAUUAAAAUGUAUUGGUCAAAGUGUGUGUGAUAUGUCGGAUAUUUUAAAGAGGUUUAAUUAUAUUUAAAACGAUUUGAAAUAUAUUACUGUGGAAAGUAUCAGGUACUUUUCGUCUCCGGGAUUGGCGGUACGAAAAAAAAAAUAUAGUUACAAGGAGAAGAUGUCUCAAGCAUAAAUGAAAACAUUUUACUCCAAAAACUCUAAAGUGUUUCAUAAAUGGCUUUUAAAAUCUCUCUGUAUGAUUUGGUAACUGAAACAAAAAAUAAACACCUAGGAUGUGUGUGAAAUUACUAUUAAUAUUUUUCUUAAGUAACCAGUGACGUGUGAGUCCGCAUAGCUAUAUGGUUUUGGAAAUAAAAUAAUAUGCUUUUCACAGUUUGGAGUUCCACUGUAAGUGAUUUUAAAUUUUUUUUCUCCCUUGUUCACUUUUCAAAUGAACGUUGGAACAUUAUAAACAUAUAUAUCGUUCAAAAUUCACUAAUAUUCUCAAUGGCCUGUUUGAAUUAAUAUUGUUAUCCCAGAUUUUGAUUAAUAUUAUAGCAUAUAUCUGACACCUAGACAACAGGAAAUUUUAUCAUUAAUAACCCAAGGGGAAAAUAUUGUAUAGUUAAUGAAAUUUAAUUCGCGUUUAAUCAUUUUGAUAAAUUGCCUCUUAGUGUUUAAUCACCAAAUUUUUACAUCAAGUUUUUAAGGAUUAUUUUAUUCCGAUCAAUUUUCAAACAUUUUUUUUUGUUAAAAUGAGCAUGAUAUGACCAUGUAGAGACUGUGAUCUAUAAACUUAAUUAAAUUUCCCUGGUUAUGAAUUUAGAACGUAUAAACUUUUUAAUAGCUAACAAAAACUUUGUUAUUUGAGCUGUUGGUUUUUGUUUCUUCCUAAAACAUUAAAAAAUAUAAUAUUAUUUUAAUGUCGCAUUUCAUGAAAAAAAAAAUGGCAUUAAAAUUGAUUUAAAAAAUAGAAAAAAUAGAUAAACAUUUACAUGAUUCAUUGAAUGAUCUUAAAACUAAAAAAAUGAAAUGAAAGAGAAAGACUGUGAUACGUGUUUUCAUUUUAUUUUUGUUUUUUCAAGGUGAUGCAUCAUUGCAUUGUAAAGAUUACUAUCGUGUGUUGUCGGAAAAAGAAAAUAAA